AAAGACGCGCAAUUCAACAGUAUGAAGAUUCUAGAAUGGAUUCAAUUGUUCGACUUAUGGUCGAAACCAGCCAAUUCUUUUUGCCGCAAUGUUGAAGCCAUUCAGUCAGGGACAUUCAACAAGGAAAAGAUUGUAAAGCAGCUCAAAGAUGAAUUUCAACCUGUGUUCGACAGCGGUUUAGGACUCUGUACCAAAGCAACAGCCUCAUUGAAGCUCAAGGAAGGUGCAAAACCCAUUUUCAGACCAAAAAGACCAGUGCCUUAUCCAGUCAUGGCUCAAGUUGAGGAUGAGUUACAGCGCUUAGAACAAAAGGGCAUCAUCAAACCAGUCACAUCUUCUGAGUGGGCAGCACCAAUUGUAGUGGCAAGAAAAGCAAAUGGUUCUGUAAGGAUUUGUGGUGACUAUUCAACAGGUCUCAAUCAGAUUCCUGUUGAUGAAGAUUCACAGAAGCUAUUGACCAUUCACACACACAGAGGCUUAUAUCAUUUCACAAGACUCGCACCUGGGGUUUCAGUCGCACCAGGCCAAUUUCAAUGCAUUGUCGAAGGUAUGCUCUCAGGGAUCGACAAUGUUGCAGUCUAUUUUGACGACAUUUGUGUCUCAGGACCAGACAUAAAUUCGCAUAUCAGUACAGUCAAACAGGUACUUCAGCGCCUCCAGGAUUAUGGUUUUCACAUCAAAUUGGAGAAGUGCAACUUUUUCCAAACACAAGUAAAGUACUUGGGCCAUAUUCUCGAUUGUCAUGGGCUAAGACCUGAUCCGGGAAAAAUCGCAGCUAUCAAGGACAUGCCUCCUCCCAAGGAUAUUUCCCAAUUGCGAUCUUUUCUUGGUGCAAUCAACUAUUAUUGCAAGUUUGUUAAAUCGAUGAGCACUCUUCGAGCACCAUUCGAUUCUCUCUUGCGAGAUGGAGCACCAUGGAUUUGGGGAGAGGAUUGUCAACGAGCUUUCAUGAAGUUCAAGGAUAUUUUGUCUUCUGACCUCCUACUCACACAUUUCGACCCAUCUCUACCAAUUUCCAUUGCUGCUGAUGCAUCCAACACUGGAAUAGGUGCUUGCAUUUACCACACAUAUCCUGAUGGAUCUGAGAAAGUGAUUUCACAUGCAUCUCGUACACUUUCACCAGCCGAGAGAAAUUACUCCCAGAUUGAGAAGGAAGGUUUAGCACUUGUUUUCGGUGUCACCAAGUUUCAUCGUUACAUUUUUGGAAGAAGAUUCACUCUCUUCACGGAUCAUAAACCACUGCUUUCAAUAUUUGGAUCCAAGAAAGGAAUUCCAUUGCAUUCAGCCAACCGCUUACAACGCUGGGCAUUGACUUUGUUGUCUUACACAUUCGAUAUCAAGUUCAUUUCCACAUCUUCAUUUGGACACGCUGAUGUUCUUUCAAGACUCAUCAACACUCACUCCAAGCCUGAUGAAGAAUUCAUUAUUGCCUGCACAGAACUUGAGAGAGAUGUAGCAACUGCGUUGGAUGAUGGCAUCCAUAGACUUCCUUUGACAUUCAAGAAGGUGGCUUCGGCUACACAGAAGUGUUCAACACUCCAAGCAGUCAAGGAAUUUGUGGUCAAUGGAUGGCCUCCUUCAAAAUCCCAUAUCAAAGACAGGGAAGUACAAUCUUAUUAUCAAUACAGAGAUUGUCUUACACUGAUCAAAGAUUGUUUGAUUUACAGAGAGCGAUUGGUGGUUCCGCACAUAUUCAGAAAGAAAGUACUUCACACACUCCAUGAAGCACACCCAGGUCAACAAAGAAUGCUUUCACUAGCCAGAAGUUUCGUGUUUUGGCCAGGCAUCGAUGGUCAAAUCCGCACGAUGGUUCGUGAGUGUGAAGACUGUGCGCUAGCAUCCAAAGCCCCCACCAAAUCGCCUCUCUGUCCAUGGCCAAAAUCAAACAAACCAUGGCAAAGGAUUCACAUGGAUUUUGCUCAAUGGAAAGGUGAAAACUUUUUACUCAUCAUUGAUUCUUUCUCCAAAUGGCCAGAAAUUAUCCAGAUGAAAUCAACCACGGCUGAAGCAACUAUCAGUGUUCUGUUGGAAAUAUUUUCUCGUUUUGGAAAUCCAGAGUUGAUAGUCAGCGACAAUGGCACCCAAUUUACUUCUGGAGUUUUCAAACAACUCUGUCAAUCAAGAGGUAUUCAGCACGAGAGAUGCAGCCCUUACCAUCCACAAUCAAAUGGACAGGUUGAGAGAUUCGUGGAUACACUCAAAAGAUCACUGCGCAAAAUGGAGAAUGAAGGAUCAUUGAAGGAGAAUCUGUGCAAAUUCCUACACUACUAUAGAUCAACACCGAAUCCAAACUCUCACAAUGGUUUAUCUCCAGCAGAAGCCUUUAUUGGAAGAAAAAUACGCACAAAUCUGUCACUUUUGAUUCCAAAAGAGGGGGAGCAGGAGGAGAAACAACCUGAUCCAGUAGAUCUUCCGAGAGUAUUCCAGCCAAAAGAGAAGGUCUAUGCCAAACAUUUCACAGGAAACACAUCAUUCUGGGUUCCUGGUGAAAUCAUUGAGAAAGUUGGAGCAGUCAUGUACAAUGUUCUCGUACAGCUGAAGAGUGGAAGAAUAAGGCUUAUUCGCUCUCACGUUAAUCAAAUCAAGAAGCGAUACUCCGAUACACCUCAGGAUUGCCCUAUUCCUACCGAUCUUUUGCUCGAUGAUGAGAGUGAGGAUGAGCCAAUGGAUGUUGAUGAAGAGGAUAGUGGUGACAGACCACAACCGCGCAGGAACUGGAGAAAACCGGAUAGGAAGACACCACCAUCAUUGCGUCCUCGACCAACCAGGAGAUUUCUUUAAAAAAAAGAGGGAGCAAUGUUGGGACAACCAUUUCCCGCCAAAAUGCAUUCUUGCAUCUGCAAGAAAUGGGCCACUUAAGAUCUGGUAAAAUUACCACCAGAUUCACUUUGCACUCAACUGUGGACCGAACCAGUGGCCGUAGAGGAUCUUGUUAAGUGAAGUGAAGUAUAGUUGUAGUUCAUGUAAUAGUCAAUAAAUAGUCAUUAUAAACCUUA